AGUGCGCAGGCGCGAAGGAGGUGGUGUGGGCGCGGGCUUGGAGAGUCGUUGUUUGGCUUUGGAGACUGAGCUGUCGGGUUUCAACUGUUGGGCGGAAAGCUUUUGUCAAGGGCUUGGCUAAGAACGAGGCCCGAGAACUUCCCGAUGGUGUCCAUGACUUUCAAGUGGAGCCGCAGCGACCGGUUCUACAGCACCCGGUGCUGCGGCUGUUGCCAUGUCCGCACCGGGACGAUCAUCCUGGGGACCUGGUACAUGGUGGUAAACCUAUUGAUGGCAAUUUUGUUGACUGUGGAAGUGACUCAUCCAAACUCAAUGCCAGCCGUCAACAUUCAGUAUGAAGUCAUUGGUAAUUACUAUUCAUCUGAGAGAAUGGCUGAUAAUGCCUGUGUUCUUUUUGCCGUCUCUGUUCUUAUGUUUAUAAUCAGUUCAAUGCUGGUAUAUGGGGCAAUUUCUUAUCAAGUGGGUUGGCUGAUUCCGUUCUUCUGUUACCGGCUUUUUGACUUCGUUCUCAGUUGCCUGGUUGCUAUCAGUUCUCUCACUUAUUUGCCAAGAAUCAAAGAAUAUCUGGACCAGUUACCUGAUUUUCCCUACAAAGAUGACCUCCUGGCAUUGGACUCCAGCUGCCUUCUGUUCAUUGUUCUUGUAUUCUUUGUGGUAUUCAUCAUUUUCAAGGCUUACCUGAUCAAUUGUGUUUGGAACUGCUAUAAAUAUAUCAAUAACAGAAAUGUGCCAGAGAUUGCUGUGUACCCUGCCUUUGAAGCACCGCCGCAGUACGUUUUGCCAACUUAUGAAAUGGCUGUGAAGAUGCCUGAGAAAGAACCACCACCUCCUUACUUAGCUGCCUGAGGACGUUCUGCCUGUCAGUAAACACUACACCAGCUUCUUCUCUUGUUUAUGUUACAGAAUGCUGCAAUACAGGGCUCUUCAAACUUGUUUGAUAUAAACUAUGUUGUUUUUUGUGUAAGCAUUUAUUUUCAAACACUAAGGAGCUUUUGGACAUUUAUUAAAAGUCUUUUUGUUAAAUCUAUUACAUUUUAAUACUUUUUGAAGACAAUCUAGGUUAAGCAAGAGCAAAGAGUACCAUUGUAAGCCUUUAAUUGGGGGGGGGAGGGAAAGAGGGUAUUCUCCACAUAUUUUCUUUUUUAACUUUGCACUUUCUUUAUAUAAUGGUUUGUGUUUUGGUUAUUUGCUGCCCUGGAUAAUUUCAGGAAGAAUGAAUUCAGUAUUUGGGAUGAGUGAGUUGGGUAUAAGAUCUGAAGUUUUCAGCUAUAGAAACAGGGAAAAAACACUUGACCUGGAAGAUAAUGGUUGCAUGUUUCUAAUUUGUAUGUUUCCAUUUUUGUGAUAAGAUGCUUUAAUAAAUCUCUUAAAAAUUUACUGCUGUCAUU